AUGUACUCCAUUUGGGGAAAGAAGUCUAAAGAAGCUGAAGCAGAGAAGAAGAAGCCCAAAACAAGUGCUGCUCAAAUUAGAGUACAAAAAGACUUAGCGGAUUUAGACAUACCCAAUACCAUUCAAUUAGACUUUCCUAACCCAUCCAAUAUCCUUAACUUUAACGUUACUAUUUGCCCCGAUGAAGGCUUUUACACUCAGGGCGCUUUCAAAUUCACCUUUACAAUCAACAAUAAUUAUCCUCAUGAGCCUCCCAAAGUGCACUGUACGCAGAAGAUUUACCAUCCAAAUAUCGACCUUGAAGGCAAUGUUUGCCUAAAUAUUUUACGUGAAGACUGGAAACCUGUACUAUCAUUACAAGCCGUUUUAGUUGGCUUAUUUUAUCUAUUUCUUGAACCGAAUGCAGACGACCCUCUAAACAAAGCCGCUGCGGAAGUACUGAAGCAAAAUAGAAAAUUAUUUGAAGCGAAUGUUAAAAAGGCUAUUGUCGGCGGGUCUUUUGGUGGUGUACAAUAUGAUAAUGUAGUUGGAUAG